UAAAGCAGUUUGUUUGCGAUGCGCAACUUCAUAAGUGUAUUUUAAUUAUCGUGAAAGCAUUCUCCUCCCCCUUGGAAAACACACUGAUGGGACCUAAAAAUAAGUUCCUGACGAGCCUCAAAGAAUAAACUUAUCAAUCAGAAUAUUACCAGGGAGUCAUUGAUCACUAAAGCUGUCGCCUACUGCCCGGAAAAGAUUUUUCAGUGUUCAAGCCAGUGUUUAUAAAGGCAACACCAUUGCAGUCUCCUCUGAACGCCAAUGGGAAUUUGAUAUCCUUUCUCCCAAAGUAGCUCGCAGGCAGAGUGCCAUCUAGUGGCUGGAGAGGGCCACAUGUAAUUGGGGGGCCCAUGUACCAUUGGCACACGGGCACAUAUUGGCCAGUCCGACCCUGCUCGCAGCCUCGCAGCUUGAGGUCAUUUAGUGACAGCUAAUCAUAAAACAGCAGGCAAUAUCAACCCUUACAAAGAUCACAAGUGGAGAAACUAGAACAGAACCAGGCAAAUUAACAGAUAUUCCUACUGUGUAUUCUCAAUGGCGCAUGCGUGGUGGACAUGAGAGCGACUUAUUUCUGCGAGGAGGUAUCUCUCGCGACACCGGUGGAGAGAUCAGCUGUUCCACCCAAACAUUGCGGGAGGAGAUCCACAAAUGGCAAAGAUGUUAGCAGCUCAUGGAAAGUGGCUAGGGAAACAUGUGUUGCAGCAGACAGCAGGCUUGGGGAGAGCCACCUCAGUAUGUGGUCUUCAUACCAGCCCAGUUUUUUGCAGGACCUUGGAUGUCAAGAGUGAUGACUACCAGUACAUCCACAAGUCCAAAGUGCCCUCAAUGCAUUUCCAGAAGUCUCUCCUGAGGCUCCCGAUUCCAGAGUUAGACAAGACAUGUGACCGCUACUUGAGGUCACAGAAAGCCAUACUGUCAGACGAAGAAUACCAACGAACAGAGCAGGCAGUGGCUCAGUUUAGAAGUGGACCUGGGCCAGCCUUGCAGUACCAGCUGAAGAACCAGGACAAGGCAAACAAGCACACCAGCUACAUUUCUGGCCCGUGGUUUGACAUGUACCUGAGUGACCGUGCUCCACUCGUCCUGAACUACAACCCCUUCCUUGCCUUAAGUCCUGAGGAGCGGCCUGGCUAUGCAGACCCUUUGAUCCGUGCCACCAAUACCCUGGUGGCAUCACUGAGGAUUAUGCGCACUCUCCGGGAUAAUGUCCUGGAACCGGUCGUGUAUCACCUUAAUCCAGCCAAGAGCGACACCCCACUGUUCCGCAAAGUUACGGGAUGGACCCCCUCUGCCAUCUCCGCAUAUGCUGCUUAUGCAUUCAAGGCCUUCCCUCUAGACAUGUCUCAGUUUGGCAACUUGUUCAACUCGACACGAAUCCCUGAGAUUGGCAAGGACCGCCUCCGCUGUGACCCGAAGGCCAGGCACAUGCUGAUCACCAAAAACGGCCACUUCUAUAUAUUUGAUGUGUUUGACAGAGAUGGUAACAUCCUGUCACCUGAACAUGUUUAUGCAUGUGUGUCCUAUAUCUACAAUGACCCAACUCCCCCACCCCAGCACUCUAUUGCUAUAUUCUCCACGGAGAAUAGGGACACAUGGGCCAAGUGUCGAGCUGAGUUGGUGGAAGCAGGAAAUGAAGGUGUUUUGAAUGCUCUUGAUACAGCUGCUUUCAACAUUGUUUUUGAUAAGGAAGAGGUUGGCAUGGACCCUUACAAGAUGUAUCAUACAUUCCUUCAUGGUGAUGGAGAUAAUAGGUGGUUUGACAAGUCCUUUUCCUUGAUCUUCACGGCUGAUGGUCAACUGGCCCUCAACUUUGAACAUGCUUGGGGUGACGGGGUGGCAGUCAUGAGUUACUUCAACGAGAUGACAAAGGAGCUUGCAAACCGACCCCACAUCCACCCUGACACCAAACCUGCAUCCAUUGAUGCGUCACAGUACGUCAAGAGGCUGGAGUUCACUUUGACCCCAAGUCUGGAGGCAGCCAUCGACAAGGCCCGCCAGCACUAUAAGGCCAACACAAGUGCCCUUCAUGUUAAUGUGUUGGAUUCAAGUAUAUUUGGCAAAAACUUUUGCAAGAAGCACAAAAUAUCUCCAGAUGCUGUCAUGCAGCUGGGAUUUCAGGCAGCGUAUUACCUUCAAAAUGGCCAUGUAGCGGCCACAUACGAGUCCUGCAGCACGGCGGCCUUCAAGCACGGCCGCACAGAAACCGUCCGUCCUGCCACCCUGGAGACCACAGCGUUUGUCAAGGCCAUCGCUCAAGCACAGCCACCAAGCAAUUCUGAACUCAAGAAAAUGUUAAUGGAGUGUUCCAAAGUACACGGCAACCUAACAAAAGAGGCAGCCAUGGGACAAGGGUUUGAUAGACAUCUCUUUGGGUUACGAAAACUGGCUGAGGCUCAGGGUUCCCCACUGCCAGAGCUCUUCACUGACCCGAGUUAUGCCAAGAUCAACCACAUCAUAAUCUCCACUUCCACUCUCCCCUCAGCAGCCAUUAUGUUUGGAGGCUUUGCCCCUGUGGUGAGAGAUGGCUUUGGUGUUGGGUACCAGAUUAAGGAUGACUCUUUGGGUAUUGUUCUUUCCUCGUAUCCCCCGCCCCGUGAUGGCGCCGGCUUUCUUGAGUGUGCUGAGAAGGCGUACAAGCUGAUCCACGACGUGCUCUCAACCUCUUAACGCAGUUUGUCACUCUGCCGUGUCGUCGGGUGUGCUAUGUGAGUUUGUGGAGUGGAUAUGUACCAGAGAAAUCAUAUAUAUUUAUGAUUAGUAAUAUUUACCCAUUGUUAUCUAAAUCUUUUCAUGAAUUUGGUCUUGAAUAUUAGCACAAAUAGCUUGUUAACUUGUAUUUCCCCGCAUGUGAUACUAAAGACACCGACUCAAGGCAGUGGGAGGAUUAGAUGAAAGUGCACAGCAUACAUAGAAAAUUGUUAUAGAAAAUUGUUAGUAGGUUUUAAGUUAUCUCUACCUCACUGAAAACAUUGCAAAUACUUCUGAAACUGCCAAUAAGAGGAAUAGAUUAUUAUAUAAUUUAUUGCUAUUGAACAUUAUUUAUUUGUUUUUAUAUGUACUUAUGAUGAUUUUAUCUCAGUGCCCCCUUGUGCUGGAAGGCAGUUGACACUGAUUUUUUCAUUUGUAGCAGAUUUGAAUUAGCCGCUUAUUUUAAGAGAGCUACCUUUUGAAAGACAGUGUUUCCCACUGGUGCUCCACUUGGAUGUAGUCACAAUCACAGUUAGGGUGAGUUAGCAACACCUUGGAGACCGUGAUCUUUUGGUUCGUUGUAAAAAGGGUGAAGUGCAAGCAGGAUGUGAACUCUGCAUCAUUGUGUUCAUCAUUGCUUACUUACUCAAUAGUGAAUAGUAUUUUUUGUACAUUUCUGUAUGGUAAAAUUUUGUUUUAGAAAGGGUUGCUUGCAAUGUGAUACUUUUCCUCUUUAUGAAUUAUGUGAAUAUUUUGAGAUCUUUCAUAGUCUUAUCAAAAUCCUACUUCAUAAAAUUCAUUAAUUUUUCCUUGAUUUUUUAAAUAAUUAUGACUAAGUCUAUGAAAAUUCAUUCAGCCUGUCCAUCUUGAUCAUGUGUCUUCAGAGAUGGUGUAAUGAAAACUCUGAGACAAGUGAUGUUAGAGAGAGGUCCUGUGAGAUGAAAUGACAGAUGAAUAAACCAAUUCAGGCCGGGCCGGAUUGUGGCGAAGUUCAUAAUUUGUGCCCUUGUUUUUGCAUGGCCCACAUUUUUAAAAAUAUUCUAUUGUUUUUAUUUGUGUCAAACAAUACUUUGCUCUUUUACUUUUUUAUUCGUUUACAAAAGGGCAGUUUCACUGCAGUUCACCAGUGCAGUGUGGUAUUUUUAAGCGUUAAAGAAACACACUGUAGCUGGCCUGGUGUUGAGUGUGGGAUCGACCAUACCUCAGGCAGGACUGAGGUGCAUGUUAACUCUCAGGUAUACAACAGUAGUUCUUGGUACAUGUAGAUUUAUUGUAGCAAUUUAUGUUUGAUACUAUUAACAUGAAUUCGUGAAAUCAAGUGCUGUGAAUCAUUUCUUUUGUAGAUCAUGAGAAGGCAUGUGACAGAGUGAAGAUCUGCCUUAUUAUUCUGAAUAUUUAAAGAGAGCAGAUUAGGGUUAGUAAAGCAUUGCAAUCACC